CUCCAACGCCAACGCCAACGCCAACGCCAACGCCAUCCCAACGUCACACUGGCCCUACUAUCCUACCUACUGAACCAUACUAUCUAUACUACUUACUACCUCUCUCCUCCCCUUCGCUCGCUAUCAAUCGAUAACGAAGCCCACCAUGACCACCACCAACAGAGAUGUCCGCAACCACUUUCUCUUCGAGAUCGCCACCGAGGUUGCCAAUCGAGUCGGCGGUAUCUACUCGGUCCUCAAAUCCAAAGCCCCCGUCACCACCGCCGAGUAUGGCGACCGCUACACCCUGAUCGGUCCGCUGAACAGGCAGUCGGCCGCCGUCGAGGUCGAGGCGCUGACGCCCACGAACCCCCAGCUCGCUGCCACCAUCGCUGCUAUGGAGGAGCGUGGCAUCAGCAUUGUCUAUGGGCGGUGGUUGAUUGAGGGUGCCCCCCGCGUCCUGCUGAUCGAUACGAAGACCGCAUACAAGUUCCUGGACGAGUGGAAGGCGGACCUGUGGAACACGGCGAGCAUCCCGUCGCCGCCAGGUGACGACGAGACCAACGAGGCGGUGGUCUUUGGAUACCUCGUCGCCUGGUUCCUGGGAGAGUUCGUCGCCCACGAGAAGGAAAGGGCCGUCGUCGCCCACUUCCACGAGUGGCUCUCCGGUGUCGCCCUCCCCCUCUGCAAGAAGCGCCGCAUCGACGUGACGACCAUCUUCACGACCCACGCAACGCUCCUCGGCCGCUACCUCUGCGCCGGCUCCGUCGACUUCUACAACAACCUGCAGUACUUCGACGUCGACGCCGAGGCCGGCAAGCGCGGCAUCUACCACCGCUACUGCAUCGAGCGCGCCGCCACGCACUCCUGCGACGUCUUCACGACCGUCUCGCACAUCACCGCCUACGAGAGCGAGCACCUCCUCAAGCGCAAGCCCGACGGCGUGCUGCCCAACGGGCUCAACGUCACGAAAUUCAGCGCCAUGCACGAGUUCCAGAACCUGCACCAGCAGUCCAAGGAGAAGAUCCACGACUUCGUGCGCGGGCAUUUCUAUGGGCACAAUGAUUUCGACCCGGAUAACACCUUGUACUUCUUCACCGCCGGCCGCUACGAGUACAGGAAUAAGGGCUGCGACAUGUUCAUCGAGUCUCUCGCGCGCCUGAACCACCGCCUUAAGGCCUCGGGAUCGAAAAUGACAGUCGUAGCUUUCAUCAUCAUGCCCGCACAGACCCAAUCCCUCACCGUCGAGGCCCUCAAGGGACAGGCGGUCAUCAAAUCCCUCCGCGACACCGUCGACGUCAUCGAGCGCGGCGUCGGCAAGCGCAUCUUCGAGCGCGCACUGAAGUGGCACGACGGCGACCCAAUGCCGGAUUCCAAGGACCUCAUCACGGCACAAGACCGCAUCCUCCUCCGCCGCCGCUUGUUCGCGAUGAAGCGCCAUGGUUUGCCGCCGAUUGUGACGCAUAAUAUGGCGAAUGAUGCCGAGGAUCCGAUUCUGAACCAGAUCCGUCGCGUGCAGCUGUUCAACCACCCCUCGGACCGCGUUAAGAUCGUGUUCCACCCCGAGUUCCUCAACUCCGCUAACCCGGUGCUGCCGCUCGACUACGACGAGUUCGUGCGCGGAACGCACCUGGGUGUUUUCCCAUCCUACUACGAGCCGUGGGGCUACACACCCGCGGAAUGCACGGUCAUGGGCGUCCCAUCCAUCACCACCAACCUCUCGGGCUUCGGCUGCUACAUGGAAGAGCUCAUCGAGAACUCCACCGACUACGGCAUCUACAUUGUCGACCGCCGCACCAAAGGCGUCGACGACUCCGUCAACCAGCUCACCCACUUCAUGGCCGAAUUCGCCGCCAAAUCCCGCCGCCAGCGCAUCAACCAACGUAACCGAACCGAGCGCCUGAGCGAUCUGCUGGAUUGGAAGAGGAUGGGGAUGGAGUACGUCAAGGCGCGCCAGCUUGCGCUGCGUAGAGCGUACCCGGCCAGCUUUGAGGGCGAGGAGGGCGAGGGGGAUGUCUUUGCGGGGAGUGACGUGAAGAUCUCGCGCCCGUUUUCGGUGCCGGGGAGUCCGAGGGAUCGGUCGGGGGUGAUGACGCCGGGGGAUUUUGGGAGUCUGCAGGAGGGGAGGGAGGGGUUGAGUACGGAGGAUUAUAUUGCGUGGAAGUUGCCAGAAGAGGAAGACCCAGAUGAGUACCCAUUCCCCCUCACCCUCCGCAACCGCCGCCCAUCGGGAAGCGCACUCGACCCCAUGAGUGGGGGACCCACCAGCCCUGCGGAGCUGGGGAAGGAGAACGGGGAGGGUAAGGCGAAGGCGCAGGCGUCGUCGUAGACGAAACCGUUUGAUGGAGUCGUCGAUGAAGCCGUAGACGAGGAACCGGCUUGCCUUGGCUCGUCUGCUGGGUGAUAUAUAUAUAUAUUUUUUUGGUGCAAGUUGAAGAGGAGGCUGGAGGAGGUAAUUAAGACGAGGAGGAGGAGAUUUCAAAAAUGUUUUGCAUGAGGACAGAAAGGGGGGGGGUGCG